AUGGCAUCAAAAUCAGUGUUGCUGGAUUUACCAAAUGAGCUUUUUCCAUUUAUUUUUCAAUACUUGAGCUCAAUCGAUCUUAUAAAAGCAUUUUCCGAUCUACAAUCGCACCGGCUUCAAGCGCUCAUUCAACCUUUUAUAUCACAACUUGAUGUUUCUCAAGAAUCUGAUACAUGGAUUCAAACUUAUCUACCAGAUAUAUUAAACAAACACAAUAUUAUUGCACUUCGUCUACAAAUGAAGUAUCUUGUCUUCAUAUCUGAAUAUUUAUUAUCAACUAACAUUCAAUCUGUAGAAGUAAUUAACUGGGGUCCUAUUGAUGAUACAGGAAAAACAGUACUAGGUCAACUUCGACGACAUUUAAAAAUGUUUUUUAUGACGUGUCCAUAUUCGGAUGAAGAUGGAGAUCUAGCAAGUCACUUAUUUCAAUCCGAUUCUCAACUUCAACAUCUUGCUAUAAAUAACUGUACGCUUUAUAUUAAUGAUAUUGACAUUUGCACUCAAUUAACACAUCUUUCAAUUGAACUUGAAGGAAUGCAUCCACUAUUUAUACUCGUUGAACAUUUAACUGGUAUUCAGGAAUUGAAGGUCAAAAUUCGAAGUCAAGACUGCAUUGUUCAAUUACCACCCGAGACUAGUGAAAUAAAACCAUGUCGUUCACUUCAUUCUGUUACUUUUACCGGCUGGAUUAAGUAUUUUGAUCAUAUGAAAAGUUUCUUCACUAAUUUUGGCUCGACUAUCGAAUGUCUCUCGUUAAACAUCGAUUUAAUGUUUCUUACAGUGGAUGGUAAAGGACUGGAACAGGGACUAUUGGACAAAAUGCCUCGUUUAUCAUCACUUGAUUUAAUCAUCCAUUCCACUGUAGCAGAUUCUGAUCCAUUAGACAUCAAAACAUUCCAGAGUUUCACUUGGCAAAAGUUCAAUCCUAUAGUGUAUUGGAAUGAUAGACAUGCUCAUCAGCAUACGAUUUUCACCUUACCAUAUAAAUGUGAUCAAUUUCAUCAUCUUUCAAACGAAUUUGUUUCAUCAUGUGUCUCAAAUCGACCAGUUUCUCUUUCUUUUAAACAUGUUCGUUCCCUCUCACUCACUACUACAACAUCAUUAACUAUGGAAACAUUUCAGUUCAUUCAAAAAGCAUUUCCAAAUGUUAAAACACUUGAAUUAACAAAUUGGAUCAAACAUCCAUUAGAUGAAAGUGAAGAAGAUACAAGUGUUUCUUCCGUGAAUGAAGAUCUUCUUUUCGAUACUACUUUACAAAUACCGUCUGUCACUCAAUUCUGUCACUUCACAUGGUCACAAUAUGAUAAUUAUAAGACAUUUCGUCGUCUUCUUUCUCUUUUUCCAAACUUGAUUUGUCUAGAACUGGAUAUUGAACAAUCAAUUCUGCGUGAUAUAUUAACGCUUGCACAUAAAGAUGAUUUGGUCAAAACUUUAUUUGCUAAUAUCGAACAACUGAAGAUAAGCGAUUUUCAUCAUGAAGCAAAGCCAUUGAUAGACGCAGAAUUUCAUCAUUUUUUCCCCAGAGUUAAAAAUCUCAUCACUGAAGACGAUGAUGAUGCUGACAUUGAGUGA